AUGGCGUGUGUUGAAACAUCCUCUAGCCGGCCGUACCACCUGGUUAUCUUCGGAGCCUCGGGGUUCACGGGGCAGUUUGUGGUGGAGGAGGUGGCCCGGACUGUGUCCGAGGGUCCGAAAGGGAACCUGAAAUGGGCCGUGGCAGGCAGGAGCAAGCAGAAGCUGGAAAAAGUUCUGGAGCAGGCCGCCGGAGUCCUCAGUAAGCCCGAGCUGAGAUCAGAGGUGGACAUAAUCGUGGCGGAUGUAGAAGAACCAGACACCCUGGCAGCCAUGUGCAAACAGGCUGUGAUUGUUCUCAAUUGUGUGGGGCCUUACAGGUUCUAUGGUGAGCCAGUGGUCAAAGCCUGUGUGGAGAAUGGAGCCCACCAUAUUGACAUCAGUGGAGAGCCUCAGUUCCUGGAGGGCAUGCAGUUAAACUACAACAGCCAGGCAGCUGACAAAGGUGUGUACAUCAUAGGGAGCUGUGGAUUUGACUCCAUACCUGCAGACAUGGGAGUCCUCUACACCAGGGACCAGUUCAAGGGUACGCUGACUGCAGUGGAGAGCUUUCUGACUGUCAGCUCAGGAGCUGAUGGUGGAUGUAUCCACGAUGGCACGUGGCAGUCGGCCGUCUAUGGUUUUGCCGACAGCCAGAAGCUCCAGAGUCUCAGAAGGAAGUUUAAUCACAAACCUCUCCCUGCUGUUGGCUCUAAACUUAAACGCAGGGGAACCUUGUUCUUCAGUAAUGAGAUCCAGCAGUAUACGGUGCCUUUCAUGGGCUCUGAUCCCUCCGUUGUGAAGAGAAGUCAGCGCUUCCUGGUGGAGGAACAUCAGGCCACACCGGUUCAGUAUGGAGCGUAUGCAGGAAUAGGAGGUAUCGGAAACAUUAUCAAGCUGAUGUUUGCUGGCAUGAUGUUCUGGUUCUUGGUCAAGUUCAGUUUUGGACGCAACCUGCUCAUCAAGCACCCAGAGUUCUUCUCCUUUGGACUCUUCUCCAAGGCUGGACCAAGUAGAAAGCAGAUGGAGGCUUCAUCCUUCCAGUUUGCGUUCUAUGGAGAGGGCUACACAGAGGGACAGGACCCCUCCCAGGGGAAACCUAACAGCAAGAUCCGCACACUUGUCCAGGGACCAGAGUGUGGAUAUGUGGCCACGCCCAUUGCCAUGGUACAGGCUGCUCUAACAAUCCUCAACGAGUCCACAGCCUUGCCCAAGACGGGAGGAGUAUAUACUCCAGGAGCUGCUUUUGCAAAAACCACACUGAUCGACCGCCUCAACAAACACGGCAUCCAGUUCUCUGUCAUCUAAAGUUUGUCCCCCUCUCUGAUGCAUUACUCCAGGGUUUUCUCAGCACUUACUAAUAACUUGCCAGUCUACCUUUUGGCUUGAAUGUACCAUUAACCCUCUGCUUGUAAGACAAAUGGCACAACUACAGCAGCGUCUACAAGCCAAGGGCAGUAAAAGAACAGUUGACCCUCCACUAACAUGAUUGUUGCUAAUGAAGGAUUUAGUUCAUUUUGUCUUUCAACACAGAAAUUUAAGAAAAAAAUUGACAUGUUAAAUUGUAAUUCAUAUUUGUACUUAAUUGGAUAGAACAUGGUUUAUUACCAGUCUCUGUCUACCACUGUACACUAUCAGGUGAUAAAAGAAAAAACAUGCACAUGGCUCCUAUUAUACCAAAGAUUGGUAUGUGAUAUUUUGAAAUUAAAUUAUGAUCUAACACUGUAUUCAUCAAAUGAACAAAUUCUCUAAUGAUACUGUAUCCACAUCAUCUAAAUAUAAAAAUAGACUCCUUAGUUGCCACACCUUCACGAUGCAGGAGUAGAUAGUUCAACCUGGGUUACAAAUUCGUUACAAUCAAAUGUUCUCUUGGUGACUCUGGUUGAUAGAUUCAUAGCAUUAAAUGUAAUUAUCCUGGACGAUUUUUCCCGGGGACAGGUAGAAAUCAGUGCUACAGAUUUAGUGAGCUGUAUUAAAAACAUAUGGACUAUUCUAAGGGAAAGAAAAAAACUAAGAAAAGUACAUUUCUACAAUCUCUUAUAAGUGUUGUCCUUGUAACAUACAGUAGCUUUAUAUGCACAAGGACAUUACUCCCUAAGUAGCACUAACAUGGUGGCUGUUUGUGUGUUCUGGUUCAGUGGAGUAAAGCUGUCAAGAGAGAAUAGAAACCUGCUGUGUGUGCACGUACAUACUUACCUUUGCUGGCCUGUUAGCUAAAAAUCCUGAUUGCUUUGUUUUUGACAGUUAAUAGUUGGACUAUCACUAAAUCAUCCUACUUUCUUGAAUGUUUUUUUUUUUGUAGUCGAAUGUUGCAACAAUUCACCUAUCCAACCGUUUGCUUUUGAGCCUUGUCAGAAAAUGCAUCCAGUUGUUUAUGCACAGAACGGCAUGAGUUACUGUAUGAAACCUCUCUGCUGUUUAGUUAACAAGUGUGUGAAAAGUUUGAGGUUUUUUUUUUUGUUUUGUUUUAUCUGAAGACUUUUCUGUCGCACUUAUGGACUGGAAUAGUUUCAUCCACAAAGUGAUGUCUUUGAUCUCAGUCCAGACUUCUUGUUAAUGUUUGAGUGUUUGAGCAUUAUGUGCACGUGACAAGCUAUGUGUUGGGGUUCUGUUUUUGUGUGCUUUGCUUUGUAUGGGCCUCAUAAUUAAAGCCAACUCUGCUAAUAGAAA